CUCAUUCAACAGGUUAAAAUAGAUAUUUUUCAAUGUUGCUCAAUUAUUAAGGCUGCUUAUUUUUCCAGUAACGUUGCAUAACUUUGCGAUACAGUACCUUAGAUUGUCUAUGUACACAAAUCAGUUUGUGGGUUUAUAAUAUCACCAUAAACCACCACCAAUGCAAUAAGCGAAGGAUGGAUGCACCGUCUCUCCUUGUGAUACUGCAGCAAUGGUUAACAGCAGCAGAGUAUUCAAAUUUACACUUUCUAUCACUCUCAUUUCUAAUACUUGCAUUAUCUAUUUUACUUCUGUUUAAGAUCCAUAGAGUUUGUUCAUUAUCAAAAUCAUCCAAUACUUAUAAACUACCACCUUCUCCACCGACGAUUCCGAUAAUUGGUAACCUUCAUCAAAUAGGAAAAUUAGCUCAUCGAUCCUUCCGACAUCUUUCUCAAAAGUAUGGUCCAUUGAUGCUAUUGCACUUGGGUCAAUCGCAAAUUCUUGUCGUUUCAUCCGCGGAAAUGGCAAAAGAGAUAAUGAAAAACCAAGGUCUUGUCUUCCCAAAUAAACCUUCUAGUACCGCUACAAAUGCGUUAUUUUAUGGAUGUACUGAUAUUGGUUUUGCACCUUACGGCGAAUACUGGAGGCAAGUGAGGAAGAUUUGCGUUCUAGAGCUAUUGAAUGCAAAGAGGGUUCAUUCAUUCAAGAAUGUGAGAGAAGAAGAAGUCGACACUGUAAUCCAAAAGAUAUCGAGUUCAUGUUCCUCAAUGGAAGAGGGAGAAGUAGUAAUUAAUCUUAGUAAAGUACUGCUAACUCUAACAAACAACAUAGUUUCGAGGUGUGCUAUUGGUGCUAAGUAUGAAAGUGCUCAUGAAAACAAAUCUGGUGAAUUAUCAAGAGAGAUUUCAAGGUUGCUGGGAGCUUUUAGUUUUGGUGAUUACUUUCCAUCUCUUGGGUGGAUGGAUGUUGUUAUUGGAUUAUCUAGUAAGCUUAAGAAGGUAUCCCAAGAACUCGAUGCUUUCUUCAACCAAGUCAUCGACGAGCAUCUCCUUGGUCAAGUGAGAGAUGUUAACAAACUAGAUUUGACGGAUAUUCUACUCCUUUCUCAGAAGGACAACCCAAAUAUCACUCGCAAUAAUAUCAAAGCAAUAAUCCUGGAUAUGUUGGCGGGUGGAACUGAUACAACAGCGACAAUCAUGGAAUGGGCAAUGGCGGAGCUCAUUAAAAAUCCGAAAGUGAUGCAAAUAGCUCAAGAUGAGGUGAGAAGAGUAGUGGGAAACAAACAUAAGUUAGAAGAGGAGGACAUUAAACAAAUGGACUAUCUGAUAUGCAUUGUCAAGGAGAGUCUACGACUACAUUCCCCUGUUCCUUUAGUCCCAAGAGAAUCAUCUAAAAGUACUCAAAUAGCAGGUUAUGAUAUCCCUCUCCACACAAAAGUUUACAUCAAUGUGUGGGCAAUUCAUAGAGAUGCUAAACUAUGGGAUGACCCAGAACUGUUUCUCCCUGAGAGAUUUAUGAACAACUCGAUCGAUUUUGAGGGCCAGGAAUUUGAAUUCAUUCCAUUUGGGUCAGGUAGGAGAGGGUGUCCAGGAAUAUUAUUUGGCAUCACAGUUGUUGAAUACAUUCUUGCAAAUCUCUUAUACUACUUCAACUGGGAACUUCCAGCCGGUGACAAAAGAGAAGACCUUGACAUGACUGAAGCUUUUGGUCUUACGGUUAAUAAGAAGAUCCCUCUUAACGUUGUUCCGGAAAUAUAUACGAUUGCCUCUGCUUGACGAUAGAACAAAUGUAUAGUCACGUUUGUGAAAACGGUUUGUAUUUGCAUUUUCGUAUCGAACUGGUUCCCUUUUAAUAAUAGAGAAAGUAUCGUAUUGCACGCAUCUUUGUAUUGGCGUAUCAAGACUUUAGUGGUGAAGGUAGGAUAAGAUAUGCUGCAGUGAAUGAUAACUUUCUUAAGCUUUUGUUUGUUUGAACGUGUCCUUCGCAGAUAUUAUACUCUAGCUGUUAGUAAGCUAUUUAGUGUAAUUGUAACAUACGUUAUCCCGUGUUGUUUGUCAGAAAAGUUAAGAAAUAUGUUUGUGUUUUGUGUAA